AUGUCCGGUGGCAGAAGCGUUGCCAGGGUAUAUGCAAACGCUAACGACAAAUUCGGUCGAUCAUGGUGGGACUAUGAUAAUUUAGCCGUUCAGUGGGGAACCCAAGACAAUUUCGAGUGCCUUCGCAAAGUUGGAAGAGGAAAAUAUUCCGAAGUAUUCGAAGGCGUAAUGGUAGCUGGUGCCUCUUCACCAGAAAAAUGCAUCAUCAAAGUUCUGAAACCUGUCAAAAAGAAGAAGAUUAAGCGUGAGAUCAAGAUUCUUCAAAAUUUGGCCGGCGGUCCCAACGUUGUGGCACUUUUAGACGUUGUAAGAGAUCCACAGUCAAAAACGCCUUCCAUUAUUACGGAAUACGUCAACAACACAGACUUCAAGACAUUAUACCCUAAAUUUACCGACUUUGACGUUCGAUUCUACAUAUUCGAACUCCUGAAAGCGUUGGACUUCUGCCAUUCCCGCGGCAUCAUGCAUAGAGAUGUCAAGCCACACAAUGUCAUGAUCGAUCAUGAGAAGCGAAAGUUGCGCCUGAUUGAUUGGGGAUUGGCUGAGUUUUACCAUCCGUACACAGAAUACAACGUCCGGGUUGCAUCAAGGUACUUCAAGGGUCCCGAGCUGUUGGUUGAUUUUCAAGAGUAUGAUUACUCGUUGGAUAUGUGGAGUUUAGGAUGCAUGUUUGCAAGUAUGAUCUUCCGUAAAGAGCCAUUCUUCCAUGGUCAUUCAAACAGCAACCAGUUGGAAAAGAUCGUUCGCGUUCUAGGAACGGAUGAUUUCCAUGCCUAUUUGGAAAAGUAUGAGAUCGAUCUGGAUCCCGAAUUGGAUGACGUGUUGAGUGGAAGAUGGCAAAGAAGGCCCUGGUCAAGAUUCGUCACAACGGAAAACCAACGAUACAUCUCCAACGAAUCGAUCGACUUCUUGGAUAAAUUACUGCGCUAUGAUCACCAAGAGCGUUUGACGGCAGCAGAAGCGCAAGAUCAUCCAUACUUUGAGCCCGUUAAGGCUGCUGCUGCGAAGGGAGAGAUUCCUCCCGGGUCAACUUCAUAA